GCCGACCGAGACAAAAAAGUGGGUAAAGAGGGUAGGGAGGCGGGGCCAACCGGAAGGGGCGGGGCCUCCCGCUACCAAGCCCUUCCAGGGGGUGCUCUCCUCCUUCGCCCCGCCCCUCGCCCCGCCCGGGCGGCCAUGGCCAUUCCCAGCAUCCCCUAUGAGAGACGGCUUCUCAUCAUGGCGGACCCUAGAGAUAAGGCACUUCAGGACUACCGCAAGAAGCUGCUGGAGCACAAGGAGAUCGACGGCCGUCUCAAGGAGUUAAGGGAACAAUUAAAAGAACUUACCAAACAGUAUGAAAAGUCUGAAAAUGAUCUGAAGGCCCUACAAAGUGUUGGGCAGAUUGUGGGUGAAGUACUUAAGCAAUUAACUGAAGAAAAAUUCAUUGUUAAAGCUACAAAUGGACCAAGAUAUGUUGUGGGUUGUCGUCGACAGCUUGACAAAAGUAAGCUGAAGCCAGGAACAAGAGUUGCUUUGGAUAUGACUACAUUAACUAUCAUGAGAUAUUUGCCAAGAGAGGUGGAUCCACUGGUUUACAACAUGUCUCAUGAAGACCCUGGGAAUGUUUCGUACUCUGAGAUCGGAGGGCUGUCAGAACAGAUUCGGGAAUUAAGAGAGGUGAUAGAAUUACCUCUUACAAACCCAGAAUUGUUCCAGCGUGUAGGAAUAAUACCGCCAAAAGGCUGUUUGUUAUAUGGACCACCAGGUACAGGAAAAACACUCUUGGCACGAGCUGUUGCUAGCCAAUUGGAUUGCAAUUUCUUAAAGGUUGUAUCUAGUUCUAUUGUAGACAAGUACAUUGGUGAAAGUGCUCGUUUGAUCAGAGAAAUGUUUAAUUAUGCCAGGGACCAUCAGCCAUGCAUCAUUUUUAUGGAUGAAAUAGAUGCUAUUGGUGGGCGUCGGUUUUCUGAGGGUACUUCAGCUGACAGAGAGAUUCAGAGAACUUUAAUGGAGUUACUGAAUCAAAUGGAUGGAUUUGAUACUCUACAUAGAGUUAAAAUGAUCAUGGCUACAAAUAGACCAGAUACAUUGGAUCCUGCUUUGCUUCGUCCAGGAAGAUUAGAUAGAAAAAUACAUAUUGAUUUACCAAAUGAACAAGCAAGAUUAGAUAUACUGAAAAUUCAUGCAGGUCCCAUUACAAAGCAUGGUGAAAUAGAUUAUGAAGCAAUUGUGAAGCUGUCAGAUGGAUUUAAUGGAGCAGACCUGAGAAAUGUUUGUACUGAAGCAGGUAUGUUUGCAAUUCGUGCUGAUCAUGAUUUUGUAGUACAGGAAGACUUCAUGAAAGCAGUCAGAAAAGUGGCUGAUUCUAAGAAGCUAGAGUCUAAAUUGGACUACAAACCUGUAUAAUUUACUGUAAGGUGUUUUGAUGGCUGCAUGAUAAUGACUUCAUGUAAAAAUAAAAUUAAGGAAAAUAAUGUAUAUAUUGGCAAUGAUCUCAUUAAAAGAGUAUGAAUAAAAAUAAGUAUAAAUAACACUAUAAAAAUUAGUUCAGUAAUUCUUUUAAAAUUGGUACAGAAGAAAUUUGUAUGUUUGUGUUGCAUUUAUUGCAGCAGAAGUUAUAAAAGAAGAGUAUGUUGGAGCUCUUCAUAUUUGCUGUGUGAACAUUUUGUAAAACAUUGAAAGUGGUUUGAGAUAACAGUACAAGAGAGCAUUUCUUAUGACUUAUUUUAAAUCAUUUGUUUUCUUCAUCCGAAAAAGUUGAAUAAAAUCUGUUUGAUUUGAUAUAUUAUUUGAUAUUGAAUACAUAUAUUAUUCAUUCUUGUCUUUUUUAAGAAUACAUUUACUAUGGCCCUUUAGGUUCUUUAGUAAAUAAACUAUUUAAAAACCAAGAUGAAGUUAUAUUAGAUGGUAAGCUUUUGGAUUUUAGUUUAAAACAGUACCCAUUAUGUACUCUUAAAUACUCUUAAGCUCUUAUGAAUACCUUGUUAUGUAUAACAUAGAUUAUGUGUGUACGUCUCUGUAUAUUCCUCCUUUGUGAUAGUUAGAUUGGUACAUGCACCUCCAUAACCUUCUUUUAGAUUAUGAUUAAACUAGUAUUUGCUAAUAAA